AUGCCGCCGCGUUCAGUGUCGUUGAUUUCGGCGUCGUCAAUUUCAGCAUUGUCAAUUUCGGUGGGCAUUAUUAAUGUUAAUACUUCUAGUGAUGAAACGUUAAGCGACAAUAACAUUAGUAUAAACUCUAAUAGUGACACAGAAUAUGAUAAUAAAUUGAGCACUAAACCAAAAUCCAGAAAAAAUGAAAGUUGGGUUUGGCACUACUUUUGUAGAAAGCCUCCAUCACGAAAGUGGAAAACCCGUGGAAAUUGUAAAGUUAUUAUAAAAGACAAAAAAUCUCCAACUGGUGAGUGGGAAUGUGGGCAAUUAGUUAAGACUCAAGGCUCUACUGGUAACUUCCAAUCGUAUCUAAACACAUAUAGAAUUACUAAACCUAUUAAAAAAAACAACAUAGCUGUACAACCAACAAUUGGUGAAAUGGUUCAGCGUGCUGCUAAGCAAAAUCCUCGUCAAAAUGAAUCUAUUGAACAUGCUUUGGUCACCUGGAUUAUUACAAAUUCACAACCUCUUCAUGUCCUGCAAAGUAAAAGUUUUAUUAAACUUAUUAAUACAUUAAAUCCAUAUUAUGAACUUCCUUCCAAUAAACAAAUCAAAGCAAGAAUUCACCAAAGCUACAAUUAUUCAGUAGAAUGUCUUAAAGCUCUCUUUAAAACAGAACUUAAAACAUAUGGCUUAAUAGAAAAUAUUAAAGAGAAAUUACAUAUAGCAUUAAAUUAUUAUUGGGAUGUACCGAUUGAUAGUUUAUUAGUUGCAACAUUACUUGAUCCUUGGUGUAAGACAAUGAAGCAAUUAAGUAGUUGGGAACGUAAUAAAGCUAUUAGUCUUCUUCAAGAGAAGUACAAUUUAUUUAGUACUGAAAAUGAAUCGGUUAUAAACUUACCAAAUGAAAAGCAAGAAGAGGAUCAGAUGAAGCUUUUUUCAAUAAUGUUUGGGUCAAAUGCAAGAUCAACUUCAGUUAAAAAUGAAGUAGAAUGA